AUGGCCCCUCUUCGUGACUCCCAAUCUACCUACGAACCAACCACUGCUCCGCCCACCUCCCCUCCUCCUCACUAUCGACAGUCGGAUAUUUCGGACGAUCUUCACGAACGUCCUUUCCAGUAUUCGACCGCUGGACCCCCCACAGUAUAUUCCGAGCUAGAGACAGCAUGGUCUCAGCCUACCAGGGUACAAUUGUCUCCCGGGCAGUCGCUACCCAGUGCUCAAAGAACCCCAAUUGCCUAUCACGACAGCCCCUUCGGAGGUAUAGAAGAAGAAGGUGAAGAUGAUGAGCUUUAUCACAGGAGCGACUGGGAAGAUCACGAUAACCCGAAAACGACUGCCACGCCUUGGUCGCGAUCAUCGUGGGCAGGACCCACGACUGGAGGGACCGGGAUAUCAAGAUGGGGAGGAGGUACUACUCGGGGGCGGGUGCAGGAAGGUCAAGAGUGGAUACCGCCUGUGCCAAGCAGAGCGUCUGCACCCGCCCUCCCUGGCAAACGUUCACAGGAACAAGUCGUAUAUGCGUACGAGCAAAACGGGAUCAUGGAGAGCCCGGGGAUGAUGACUCCACACGAUGUCGGCAGAUACAGUGGCAGCUCACCACAUUAUCGGUCUUCGCCUCAAAGAGUUUCACAAUUCAUUGAACAAGACCGUAGAGCGAUAGAGAGGCAAAGGGACUCGACUCUUCCUUCUAUUGUGGACCUUCAAGACCUGGCUAGGCCAAAAGUCAGCUCCAAUUCUAGUCAAAGUAUUGUCAGCCCUGGCUCGGCCGGCAGUGAUCCUCCAAUUCAGCAAAUGCAGCAAGCCCAGAAGCCUGCUCUUACUUGCAGAGGUCCGUAUACCCAUGAGACAACCCCCGAUGCCAGCAACACUUGGAAAACGAACCGAGUCUCAGGCGAAUCUCCCAAGCUGAUGUCUCCCGAAGCUCAACAGAGACUUGGCAGGAUGUCUAUGGCUACCGCGCGAUACACGUUACCACCACAAAGACACGGUGGAUCAGAGUUCGUCCCUCAUAGUAUCCGAAAAGCAUCGACUUCUGUCCCCUUCAUGGCUCGCUCAAAAAUCGGCGUAGUGUAUCUUUCUUACCGACCCUUCAUUGCUCCUUUGCUCGCUCUCACGUGUGCUUUGAUGCUGACAAUCACGAAUUCUACAUCAACAUCCUCCAUCAGUCACUUUCUGAAAAUUGGACUAGGAGUAUUUAAAGGGUCUCAAGGCGGAGGGACAGGGGCGGGCAAUGGCAUCAACUUGGGAGCAUGGGGUUGGUGCCAGAGCGGCGUGAGCGACCCUCAGUGUGAGUCAUAUUCUCGAGGAGAUUUCAAGAACGAAUCUGGCUCCUUCACUAUCCCUGGCGACACAUCCCUCGACAACCUGUCGUCCCUAUUGACAUCCCUGACGGCCCUCACGUGGCUCCUUGCCGCCUACCAGAUCAUCACCGCCUUUCUUCAUUUCUAUCUCUUCUUCUCGCUGUCGAUUCCAUUCUCGCAUCUCGUCACCAUUCCGAAAGACGAGGUGGCGAAAGCAGAAGUGGAUCUAAGGGUCAAGCUGGACAGGCAGAAUGAUCCCUGGGGAGAGGAGCUGCGGGAAAUGGGAGAAAGUGGUAAUGAGCGUGGUGGAUGGGUAUGGUGGGCUUGGUGGGCGCAUAGAAGAAGUCCUCUGGGAUGCUUUUUCGGAUUUCUGGUAGGGGCUUUGAGCAUGAGCACUCUCGCUCUGACCUUCUUGUUCAAGAAAGCGGUGAGAAACGGCACGAACUCUGACGAUGUGCAUUAUGGCGCGGGCACCUAUGUUCCCCUCAUAACCCUCAUGGUGACACUGGAUACGUUCAUUCUCUCCAUGUGGUACCUCAUCAGUAUUAGAUCCAACCUCUCCACAUUCUUCGAGCCCCCAGACCCGUCCCCAACAGCCCUUCUCCUCCCACCAUCCGAAGCAAGACGUAUGCACCACGUCCGUGACCACAACGGCGCCUCCUUCUUCGCUCCUCGAUCCACUCAUGCCGUGGCCGACACUGCCAAUAUCGGCGAUGGCAAUGGAACCAAGAGUAUGUUUUACGACCCCAACGCCCCACCUCUUCCUGUGACCGCACAGACUCCCAUGACCGAAGAGCUGGAUCCAGAGACGGUGAGAUGGCUGGCAGCUUAUCCAUCAGACGAAGAGCUCGUACCCCUUAUAUCGGAUUUGAGAAUGGGCAAGUUGAACGAUGAUUUCCUACUUUCCGAAGUCGGCUUGCUUUACCUUCGCCCUCUGGUCGAGGGCGAGGAAGGUCAGGCUUUGUUGGUGCCGCCGAAGGGUGCGAUCAGACAGGAGCUUGUGGAAGACUCUCAUCUGGAUCCUUCUCCUUUCGGCGAGGAGAAUGACGCUGUCGGAGGAGUGGCGCACAAUGGCGCUGAAGUGAUGGCUGCCACUCUUCAGCAAACGUUCUGGUGGACCAGCCUCCCGUCAGACUGCUACGCUCACAUAUCCAAAUGUCCUUUCUGUAGACAAAGACAGGAAGAGGCGGAAGCCAUGGAGAGGCGGGAGAGGAUGGAAGAGAAGGCGGGAAUGACGGCGGUUCCAUGGACCGGGAUCACGGGCUGGACUGCUCGUGAGACAGAAGCAGGUGGUGGCGUCGGAGAGAGCGCGAUGGCCGUAGAGAUGGCUUACGCGAUGCGAAAGGCGGAAGAAGAGGCAAACACGCUAUAG